UGCGCCAAAUUGAAGCCAAGCAACAGGUUGAUAAAGAAAAAGCCGAGAAGAUUGCCAAGCUGCAAGAAGCUUACCAAAAAUGGAACAAGGGUCUUAAACAAGGAGAAACGCAUUCGACGCAAGUUGCCGAAGCCAUUCACGAAAUGUCCAAACCGCUGGCUCGUUUCGCCGAUGACGAAGAUUUGGAAAGGUUGUUACGCGAACAAGAUCGUGAAGGUGAUCCCAUGGCUGCUUACAUGGCCAAGAAAAAGGUCAAGAGCGGUGGUGACGGCAAGGGGAAAGCCGCUAGACCUGUCUACAGGGGCCCUGCUGCUGCUCCCAAUCGUUUCGGUAUACUACCCGGCUACAGAUGGGACGGGGUUGACCGCUCGACUGGCUACGAGAAGAUGUACUUUGAAAAACAAAACAACGCCGUGGCCCUUCAGGAGGAAGCCUACAAAUGGAGUGUAUCCGACAUGUGAUUCCGAUGAUGAAUUUACCUUGACUGAAUAAAGCCAUGCAAUUACUUUUAGUAGCCAAUGACGCCUGUCCUUGUUCUUAACAUUUCCCUUUUUAUUACCUCGACGGAAUGGGGCCCAUCCAUCAACAUUCAAAAUUGCAGGGUUUUUUUCAGAUUCAACGAGAGGCGCGCGGAGGAAAUUCCAUGCGGAUGGCGUCAACACUUUGCACAUUUUCCGAGUCGCGACUCUACCAGCAGUUCGUGAAAGUUGCCCAACCCAUGUUGUAGAGGAGGUGCGGCUAUUCAUGAAUCGUCCGUCGUGGUUGAAUCGGAAAAUUCUAUCCGGAAGAUGACACCCUUUCCGGCCUUGGCUGCCUUCAAAUCAUUUUUCUUCUGUUGUUCAGCAGCAGAAAAAGAAAAGAAAGAAAAGGCGUUGGGGUCGUUUCUGUUGAGUGUGUCGAGUGCGCUAUGGCCAGAUGGCGCUUUGGCUGAGUGUGUCGAAAGAGAAGGGAGGAAGGUCACGGCACGAAGUGGGCCGGCCGUUUUCAGGUGUGCCCUGUUGUCCGUGUUGUCUAUGUUUCGGGGCUUUCUCUCUUCUCUUUUUUCUUGUGUUUAGUCUCCUCCUUUUUGAUUCCCAGUUUAUCCAGACCUUCUCUCUUUGCCGUCUCAUUCUCUCUCUCUCUCUCACCACUGCUAAAGCCAUUGGCCAUUGGCUCGCACGACGAGACGAGAAAACAUCACAUCUCUUUUCGUCUUUUGAAAGUACCUACGCAGCCGCUCUUCUCCGAGCUUCAGUCUUGGUCGUAGCCACCUGGUAACACGGCCGCUGCUGGUGCUCAGUCUGUACCUCUUUGCUGUUGACUCUCUGGGUUUUUUGCCAUUGUUGUGAAACGAGAAGAAAAUUCCAGAUUUGCAAUUAUAGAACUGUCGGAUUGUUGUGCAGAAGUGAAAAAUGCUGCGGAUACUCGGCCUCGUUUCCCUCUUUUGCAUCCUCUUCCAAGCUGCUUUGGCAUCCAAUUCUGAGGAAAAUGCGCUGGAUAUGAGCUUGGGCGAAGAUGAAUGCAGUAUGAUGGUAUGCCGGGCUGGAAGAGAGUGUAAGGUGGGUGCCGAUGGCGAGGCUGCUUGCGCUUGCCUGGCCACUUGUCCGGAUCAUUUUGUCCCCGUCUGCGGCAGCAACAAUCAAUCCUACGAUAACUUUUGCUUGAUGCAUCGCGAUGCCUGUCUGACGGGCGUUCACAUCAGUCUCAAGAAAAAGGGAUACUGCUCCAACAAGUCGAUCAAGAAAAAGUCCAGCAAAAAGGAUAAACUUAAAGAUGAAAAUCACUUUGAGCCAGUGGUGUGUUUCCAAUGGGAAAGGGAUGCUCUACGUCGCCAAAUCAUCAACUACUUCCGGCAUCAUACCGCCGACCAGAGCUGGUACCGACCCGACUUGAAGAGUUACGAGAAGCAGUUUGCCCGUUUCUUCAUGUGCGAUACCACCAAAGACAACUUUGUCGAUGCCAACGAAUUAGCCGCUUGCGUGACUGAAGUCCCUUUCGCUCUGCGAACCACGGCCGCCACCAACGAGCUGGUCAAAGUGUUGUGUGUCGACGCCAUAAUCGAUUCAGCCGAUACUAAUUCCGACUGGCGGUUGGACUUUGAAGAGUACAAGACUUUGAUGGAUUCUAGUUUCCAGCCGAAAGAAAAGCUGUGCUCUUUGGAGGGCAAAAAGUACGAGGACGGCUCCCAAACAAAAGUCGAUUGUAAUGACUGUGUCUGCGCCUGCGGCAGCUGGGUGUGCUCUUCCAAGAAGUGUGACGAAGAGCUGAACGAAAUCGACGACCUGGAUGAAGACGAAGAUUUGGACGACGAGUUGGACGAAGCUGAGGACCAGAGCGAAGACAGCACCAAGGACGAAGUCAAGAUUCUCAAAAUUGAGGAGGAUAUCGACCUGAAAAUUGACGAUCCGGAUGAGGAUCAGCCACCAAAGAUCAACUCCGACGAUGACGACGAUAUGGACGACGAAGAAGACGAGGAAGAUGACGAAGAAGAAGAUGAAGAAAUCGACGUGGAGCCAAUCAAGAAAUCAUCUAAAAACAAGAAGAAGAAAUUGACGUAAUAUUUUGGGUCUAUUAAGUCUUCUUCUGUUUAGCUUUUUUCCCCAUAGUUAGCUUCUGCUUUUAACGACGUCGUCGCGUGCCAUUUAUGGGGAGCUACACUCUGCUGGCCUCAUACUUUACGUACAUUUGUUUUUUUAAUUUCUACAUUUUUUAAAAGCCCCAAUUGUCAGUGCGUUUUCUCGCCUGGUGCUGACAUUUACGAGUUAAUUUUCUUUGUCUUUAUUCCACCAUCGAGCUAACAUAAUACCUGGGUUAAAUUCCACUUGACGCUUUCGUCCCUACGGCGCUGUACAAUACAUUCCCCCGGCAAUCGAA